AUGGCUCCCGAAGUAACAACAAGGAGAAGAAGAAAUAGAGUUCCACCUUCCACACCAGAGGUAAUCAACCUUUCUGAUGAAGAAGACGACGACAUUAAGAUCCUCGAUAUCAUUCCUAAGCACACUCCUUUAAGAAAACGUAAGAGAAAUUUCGAAAAAGGAGAGUCUUCAAAUUCAAGUAACAUUCCAUUCGUUUGCGAAAUCUGUACAGAAACUAAAACAACGAAGGAAGCUUUCUACAUCAGAGGCUGCUCUCACGCAUAUUGCUCUGAUUGCGUCGCAAAUUACAUCGGUUCCAAACUUGAAGAUAACAUCGUCAACAUCCCAUGUCCAGUUCCGGAAUGCAAAGCUUCUUUGGAAGCGCAGUUUUGCCGUUCAAUUCUUCCGGCCGAGAUUUUUGAAAAGUGGAGUAAAGCAUUGUGCGAGGCUUUGUUUAAUGUUUCACAGAAAUUCUAUUGUCCCUUUGCAGACUGUUCUGCUCUUUUGAUUAAUGACGAAACGGAGAUGGUUAGAAAUUCGGAAUGCCCUAAUUGUAAUAGGAUGUUCUGUGCACAAUGUAAGGUUCCAUGGCAUGAUGGAAUCGAAUGCACCGAGUUCUGGAAGCUAAAUGCGGGCGAGAGGGAGAAAGAAGAUAUUAUGUUGAUGCGCCUUGCACAGAAUAUGCACUGGAAGCGAUGCCCUAAGUGCAAAAUUUAUGUUGCCAGAACAAUGGGCUGCAAUUCCAUGACAUGCAGGUGUGGAUGUAGUUUUUGUUACAAUUGUGGAGGUGCCUACACUGCUAGCGGCUGCGAUUGUUGGAAACUCGGCAAUGGGACUCCACAACAUCCACAGGUUUUUUCUGGAAGAACUCUCACUAAUAGGAAUCUCAUCUUUGAGGAGGAGGAAGUCUCUGAGGAGGAGGAGGAAGAAGAGGAGGAAAAAGAGGAGGAAGAAGUCUAUGAGGAGAAGGAGGAGAAAGAUGAGGAGGAGGUCUAUGAGGAGGAGGAGGUCUAUGCGGAGGAGGAGGAGGAUGAAGAAGUCUAUGAGGAGGAGGAGGAGGUCUAUGCGGAGGAAGAAGUCUAUGAGGAGGAGGAGGAGGAGAUAGAGGAGGAAGAGGUCUAUGAGGAGGAGGAGGAGGAGGAGCAGGAAGAUGAGGAGGAGGGGGAAGAAAUAGAAGAGGAAGAGGUCUAUGAGGAGGAGGAGGAGGAGAUAGAGGAGGAAGAGGUCUAUGAGGAGGAGGAGGAGGAACAGGAAGAUGAGGAGGAGGAGGAUAUCUAUGAGGAGGAGGGGGAAGAGAUAGAGGAGGAGGAGGUCUAUGAGGAGGAGGAUGUCUAUGAGGAGGAGGAGGAAGAUGUCUAUGAGGAGGAGGACGACGACGACGAUGACGACAUGUACUGA